AGCCCCUCCCGGCCAUGGAGCCUCCCGAGGAGCCGGUGAGUGGGGAAAAGCUGGCCAAGGGAUCCCCCUCCAAGCCCAAGCCGGCCCCGGCCAGAGCCUCGCCCAGGACCCGGGCCAAGGCGCCGCCCGCUAAGAAUGCCCCGAAGGCCGCGAAGAAGGCCGCCCAAAUUCCCCCCAAGGCUGUAGACCCAGUAGACGCCGCAGGGGGAAAGGAGCAGGAGCGCCCCCUUGUGGACGGAGCUGCCGCUUGCAGCGCUUCCCAGCCGUUGCAACCUGUAACGGAGGCAGGUGAGACGCCUAUCCCGUCUUGUCCACCAGAUGGCGCCAGAGAGGAACUUUCUCAGCCGCAGCUCCCAGUGAUGGAGCCCGCUCAGCCUUCGUCCCUUCCUCCUGCUUCGACUCCGCUCCCGCCGGAAAGUCCUUUGGGGGAGCCGGCUGCUAAGGCCCUCCAAGUAGCCGCCAUGGUCUCUCCCAAGGAGCACCUCCCGGCUAUGGAGCCUCCCGAGAAGCCGGUGAGUGGGGAAAAGCUGGAUCUGUCCACCCCCAAGCCUGGCUUGGGCAAGGGAUCCCCCUCCAAGCCCAAGCCGGCCCCGGCCAGAGCCUUGCCCAAGACCCGGGCCAAGGCGCCGCUUGCUAAGAAAGUGCUGCCCGCUAAGAAGGCCACGAAGAAGGCCGCCCAAAUUCCCCCCAAGACUUUAGACCCAGUAGGCGCCGCAGGGGGAAAGGAGCAGGAGCGCCCCCUUGUGGACGGAGCUGCCGCUUGCAGCGCUUCCCAGCCGUUGCAACCUGUAACGGAGGCAGGUGAGACGCCUAGCCCGUCUUGUCCACCAGAUGGAGCCAGAGAGGAACUUUCUCAGCCGCAGCUGCCGGUGAUGGAGCCCGCUGAGCCUUCGUCCCUUCCUCCUGCUUCAACUCCGCUCCCGCCAGAAAGUCCUUCGGAGGAGCCGGCUGCUAAGAGGGCAAAGCCUGCCACCCCGGAGGCUGCCGACCCUCCUGCAGCGGCCGGACUCUGUCCAAAGAAGGCCCAGGAGCCUGGCAUGCAAAACAAACAGCCGGCGGUCUCUGCAGCCUCCGACAGCGCCUUACGCCAGGGGCAGGCUACUGCAGCCGAUGCACCAAUCCGCCCUUCUACUGCCUCUUCCAUGGACAUCCUGAAAUCCCUCUCGGUUGUUGAUGGACCUGAAGACUUGCCACUCUCUGGGGACAUAGGAGAGACUCCAGACCCCCUGAGCUGCAGACGUCUCUUCAGCCCUCUCUUGUUUAAGAUGCUUCUCCAGAAAGCUGGGAUAGGACCAGAUCCAGCCGCUUCUAAUCCGGCCUUAUCUGACCCCAAAUUUUUAUUGUUCGCAGAGCGACCCCAAGUUAGAGAGGAGAUCCCCUGCCCGAAAUUUUUCCUGGAUGUCUUCCAGCAAGAAUGGCAAAAACCAAACUGUUUUACAAACCCGGACGUAAAUAAUAAACGAUACUACAAUGUGGACAAGGACCUCACGGAUUCAUUAAAAAUCCCAACAGUUGAUGGGCCUGUGGCGGCUUUAGUCUCUUCCACCGUUCUCCCCACCUCAAUUGAGGAUCAUUUGACUACAGAAGAGAAGAGAAUGGAAAUGAUGCUGCGCAAAGUCAAUUCGUCGGCUGCCUGGGCGGUGAAGUCAGCAGUGGCUGCAUCCUUCUUUAAUAGAACGUCCUUGCUCUGGCUCAAAGAGAUGCAAGCCAGAAUCCCAGCCACCGACCUCCAGACUCAUGAGCACCUCAACAAACUGAUAGCGGCAGCACAAUUCUCUGCCGAUGCCACCCUGAGCUCAGCCACUUACGCUUCCAGGGCCAUCGGCAACUCCGUGACAGUCCGACGACUGUUGUGGCUCCGUUACUGGCAGACAGACAAUAGGUCCAAGUGGAGGUUGGCCUCUGCCCCCUUCAAAGGAGACAAGCUAUUCGGAGAGGCCUUAGAGCCUUUACUCAAGGAGACCCAUGACAAAAAGAAAGUCCUACCCUCUACGUUCAAAAGGGCUGGCCACAAAUCCUCGUCCAACGUUCAGAAGCCUUCCUUCAGAGGAGGGAACAACACACACAACUCCUCACAACUAAAGAGGUCAUACUUCCAGCGACCUAAUCGACAAUCUGAUAGGGCCGGAUAUAUAGACAGGAGCAGGCAGCAGUUCCAAUCCAAACAGCCAUUUCAAGACAACAGAAGUCGGCUCUCCCAUGACUCUUCCAGAGGUCUGCGUAGCCAACACUCCGAGAUCCAACCCUCCAGAGGACAAGCAGCAGCUGGGGAUUGUAGUCCCAAAAGAUUCAAAGAGAUGAAGAGCGAUUCUCGAGUUAAAAAGACUCAACAAGCAUCUGGUAUACAAGAGAUUAAAAAUCCAGUCCAUACUGGACAGCGUCCGAGUGGCCGACUUCCUGAGGUCAAUAGAUCUCACGGAAACAUAUCUACACGUCCCCCUAUUGCCGACUCACCAACAAUUUCUAUGGAUACGCCACGCAAAUCAGCAUUUCCAGUACAGGGCCCUCACAAAGAUACUAGCUACACUCUCGGCUCACCUCAGGACUAUCCCUAUUCCCGUCCAACGCUAUCUGGCCAACCUGUUGAUCGAAUCGUCUCACCUCCGGCCCACAGAGAACCUCCACGUCACGAUCCUGAUCCUUCGGGGUCCUUCAGGGAAUCUGGGAUUCAGAGUCAACCACGACAAGAACCACUUGUCUCCUACCAAAAGGAUGCUCCAUCUAGCAGCACCUAUAGACGCGACAUCGUGCCUAGUCUCCCAGUCCCAGGACCGCCAGCACAGCAUCAGCGCUCUGGCGAACCGCAUCCGAUCGGACCAAACGGUGCCUCUCGACCUCGUCUCACAAUUGUUAGGCAAGAUGGUGUCCUGCGUCUCCAUCUUUCCCGGCCCACGUCUGCGUACCAGGACCCAGAGGGCACAAGGCCAGUGGUUCUAAGAGGACUUGCGAAUCAGCUUCAACUGGCAAAAGCUCAUAGCAUGCCACGUAGUACUCCGAUGGAUCCAGACCAUCGUCUCCGGCCACCAUACACUGAUCCUAGCAGACAACAGAGCCACCAAGGCCCAUAUGAACCGCCAAGGGAGCACUCACUCCAGGAUAUUGACUACCGGACACAGGAUCCCAUCCGAAGUCCUCCAGUGGUGAAGGUCACCCAGUACAACCAUGGGAAGCACAUUGAAGAAACCGAACCGUCUCGCCAUCGCUCCGGCAGCCGGUUUUCUCGCCUGGAGAGCCCAGAUAGAGACCCAGAUGGCAGAAGGACAGUGGACAGGAGAGGAACGACACAACAACAUCAACCGGAUGCCGACUACCGGAGAACGAAUCCCAUCCAAAGUCCUCCAGUGGCGGAUGUCACCGACCGCAACCAGGGGAAGUACGUUCGAGAAACCGAACCGUCUCGCUAUUGCUCCGGAGGCCGGUUUUCUCGGCUGGAGAGCCCAGAUAGAGACCGAGAUGGGAGAAGGUCAGCGGACAGAAGAGGAACGACGAGAGAACAUCAAUCGGCAAGAGAUCGAAGCAGGUCACGGAGCCCUCGAAGGGAUAGAGAUCGCUGGUCACCACAUACCGAUUCUAGCAGAAAACGUAGGCACUAGGACCCAGAUGAACCACCAAAAGGGAGGACCCACUCCAGGUAACUCUUACAAGAAGCCAUGCAGCCUGCAGCUUCCUGCAACUAAAAACAGGCCACGGGUGGGGGGGGGCACUUCACACUCCCCCCCCCCCAUGCCCUGUUUUGGGUCUAGCACCGCUCCCUGCUGUUACAAGUGUUAUGUCUGCCUUGUAUGCAGCUUUAUUCCUCUUUAGUCUCCAUCUCCAGUUUUGUGACUUUAGGAUUUUCCUCCAUUUGAGGCACUUCCUUUUGUUUCUAUGUAUUUACAUUCCCGAUGGCUUGUUUAACGUUUGAAGUGCAUUUUGAUUAAAACUACCUGAAACACCUGCAGCCUCCUGGGACCAAAAAUGGGCCGUGUGGGGGUGGGGGUGGCGCCACACCUCACACACCUCUUGCAGAGGUGUGUGCGACCCCUGCGCAGGCUUGUGAGUCUACCGCAUGCGCGCCCACCCACACCCCCCGCUUCCCAAAUCUGGAUUGUCUUGACGACUGCAGGGUUUUGCUCCAAAACUGACAAAAAGGUUGUUAAGUCAGGCGUGACUCGCUUAAUAACCACAUUAAGAGGUUCCUGUUCUGAUUGUGGUAGUAAGUUGAGGACUAUCUUGUAUCUUUUUCCAUAGUUUUGGUUCUGGAAUAUGACUACCUUUUGUCUCUACGUAGUGCCCGGGGUGGUUUUUAAACCAAACCUGCUAAAGAUAAAGAUGUUUUUGAUUAGAACUAUAAGGUCUUUUCGACCACAAAGCUAAGACCUUUUGGAUUGCAAAAGUACGAUCUUUGUGAGUGCGAAAAUUAAGGACUUUUAGAUUACAAUGUUUGCAAAAGUAACCAUUAUUUACUGCAAAAAUCUUUUUCCCUGCAAAAAUAAGAUCUUCAUGCUUGCAAAAAUAAAACUUUUCUGACCGCAAAAACAGGAUUUUUUUAAAACUUCAAAAACAGGAAUUUUUUUACUGCUAAAAUAAGAAUUUUUUUGACUGUAAAAUAAGAAUUUUUUUUUGACUGUAAAGAUAAGAAUUUUUUUUUUGACUGUAAAAAUAAUAUUAUUGACUGUAAAAAAAAUAAAGCCUUUUGGAUUGUAACGUCUUGAGCAACAUCUCUUUUUUUACUGCUCGCUUCUUAGGGGCAGAAAGAAGAAUUAGAAAUUUUGCUGCAGAAAUCGCAAGGCAAAACGUUGGCUGUCGAUUCCUGCAGCAGAAUUGCCCCUUUUGCGACCUUCUGGCACAUUUCUGCGGAGAAAUGAUUCAGCUUGCUUUAUAAAGUGCCACAAUUGUCUUCUUUGUGGGUUAGCCAAGCAAUAAAGUUCCUGUAGGUUUCAUUUUAAUGGGUUCAAAGAUACCCCCCUCCCCGCAAUCCUUACCACCCCAACCAAGGGUGCUUAUAUGUCAGGGAGCUGCCCACUUUUUCUCCCCAGGACUUCUGCUCUCACCAAUUUUCCCCGAAUCUCCUCUGUUAUACUGCAUUUUGUGUCCAACAGCCAAUAAAAGGACGGA